AUGGCGGAUGGAGUUAGAACUCAGCAGAUUGCUGAUAGUCCGUAUACUUUACUCCAUAUCUGGUUUGUUACCUUAGCAUUGAAAUUGUUGUUAUUUGUUGGGUAUCAUUCUACCGAUUUCGAUGUUCAUAGGAAUUGGUUGGCCAUAACUCAUAAUUUACCUCUUAGUCAAUGGUAUAUCGAGGACACAUCACAAUGGACAUUGGAUUAUCCUCCAUUCUUUGCCUAUUUUGAAUGGUUCUUAUCUCAAUUGGUUCCUCAAAUAGUUAAGGAUGAUGGAUGUUUAGAUCUUGUUGAAAAAGGUCAAUAUGGCUUACCAACUGUUUAUUUCCAACGAUUAACAGUUAUAGUCAGUGAAAUUGUAUUAUUCUGGUCAUUACAUUGGUAUAUGCAAACUUCAAAGAAACGAGAUCAUAUCACAUUUUCUCGAAGCUACGUUGUGGCUGCAAGUCUUGUAUUAUCACCUGGAUUGUUAAUUAUUGAUCAUAUUCAUUUCCAAUAUAAUGGUAUGAUGUAUGGAUUCCUUAUAUUAAUGAUUAAUAAUGCCAGAUUGAAGAAUUAUCUCUGGUGUGGAUUCUGGUUUGCAUUAUUACUUUGUUUUAAGCAUAUUUAUCUUUACUUGGCUCCAGCUGUAUUCAUUUUUUUAUUAAGAAGUUAUUGUUUGAAUUUAAAGUUCAGUAAAAAAGCAAACAUAUUUGUCAACUUGAUUAGAUUGAUAAGAUGGAAGAAUUCGAUAAAAUUAGGAUUAGUUGUAUUAUCAGUGUUUGGAGUUGCAUUCUUACCAUUUUAUAAUCAAUUACCUCAAUUACUUGGAAGAUUAUUCCCAUUUAGUAGAGGAUUAACUCAUGCUUAUUGGGCUCCAAAUGUUUGGGCGAUAUAUUCCUUUUUAGAUAGAUUACUCAUCCAAGUUUACAAGAAUUUACCUUUAAGUCAUUAUCCUUUACAACUGUUAUUUGAAUUCAAUCCAUUAUUACUUGAAGAUGAAUCAUUAAUAAGUAGUUCAACAAGAGGGUUAGUAGGAGAUAUUGAGUUUUUAAUCUUACCCACCAUUACUCCACAAUUGACAUUUUAUUUAACGUUAUUUUAUCAAGUUUUAGCAUUAUUACCAUUAUUUUAUCAACCAACAUUUAGAAGAUUUUUAGGAGCUUUAACGUUAUGUGGAUAUUCAUCAUUUUUAUUUGGAUGGCAUGUUCAUGAAAAGGCCAUUUUAUUGGUUAUAUUCCCCAUUACAUUCUUGGUGAGUAGAGAUAAAGUUCUAUUAGGUCCAUUUAAUUUAUUAGUUGGUUGUGGUUAUGUAUCAUUAUUCCCAUUAAUAUUUACCUGUAAUGAAUGGCCAGUUAAAGUGAUAUAUACUAUUUUAUGGUAUAUAAUAUUCUAUUUCAACUUUAGAAAAGUUGUCAGCAUACCAAAAGUAAACGAGGGUAAUAUAUUAGACAGAGUGAUUAAUGGUUAUAUCUUAGGAUUAAUCCCAUUAGUGAUUAUAACCACUUUAAUUGAUAUAUUUGAAAAUAAAUUUGAAUUCUUAAAGAAAUUAGAAUUCUUGAAAUUGAUGCUUUAUAGUAUCUAUUGUGGGGUUGGAAUCAUCAGUAGUUUCAAUGGAUUCUUCUGGUAUUACUUUAUUUACGAUUCAUUAUGGAUCGAUUGA